AUGGCGCAGAAACGGCCAUUGGAGUUGGAUUCCGAUGCCUCCGAUAAGGAGGCGGUGGAGAUGCAGCAGUUGCUUCCAGAUCCCAAGCUUUGUCCAAAGCGGCUGCGGGGAAUGAAGCGAAGUCUGGUGCAGAAGGUCAAUGAGGAUUACUUUGCAAUGCUCCGAGAUCAGCACCGCAACGACUUCUACUGGCACGCUUUGGCCAAUGUCCGUGGCCGUCGUGUCCUGGACAUCGGUGCUGGGACGGGCCUCCUGUCGUUGAUGGCGGCGCACCGGGGCGCCUCCGUCGUCAGCAUCGAGGAGAGCGCGGACAUGCUGCAGCUGGUGCGGGAAAGCGCUCAGCACAACGGCCUGGAGGAGUCGAUCGAGGCCAAAGAGGGUUACAGCACCAAGUUGAGCUUCUCGGAAGAGGAAAAGGCUGAGGUCAUCGUGUCUGAGACUUUCGGUGUGCUGCUACUGCAGGAGGGUUGCCUUGGCUCCUUGGCCCAUGCCAAUCAGCAGCUGCUCCGACCGACUCGACCUGGCGGAGAUUCCCUGCGUUGCGUGCCUUGGGGCGGCGCCCAAAUGCUGCGACUCUUGAGCUCCACCGCAUUGAGAGACGCCACUGGAGGGCGUCUGCCGGAGGAAAUGAAACAUUUGGCCCGCUGGAGAGAUACAGGACGAGUCAAUUUCUCUGCGCCUGGUGGCUUCUGUGCACCUUUGCAGGGAAAUUCGCUGGUGACGUGGUUGGUGACUUCCUGGGAGGUGUGGGCCGACCAGGAAAAGACCCAAAAGUUGACCACUCACGCGGAGGACACCAAGGAUCAACCAUGGGGCUUUGCUCGCGAUGCUCAUUGGGGACAAGGCUUUCAGUUCCUGGACAACCGCUACGUCACAGCCGGAGAGGAGCUGCGACUCACAGUUCGUUGGACUUCAGAUGGCAGUCUCUGCCAAUUCAGUCUGCCCCAAAGCAAGGCCCAAAGCCAGGCCAUCAGUGACGCUGCAGCAGCCGUCGCCGUGGCGCAGGUAGAGCCCUUCGAGUGCCUGUGGUUUGAGGAUGCCGCCAUUCCCAUGCUGUGCGACACUGCGGAGGUGGCAGCAGAAUGUGACCGACAACUCUGUGGCGAUGACCGUCCGGCAAAUUUCGUUUGUGAUGAAUUUCUGAAGACUUGUCGUAGCAUCGUGGUGCAGACGUUGAAUGACGACUACUUUGCCUUUCUGAAUCAUCAGGGCCGCUUGAACUUCUUCCGUUCUGCUCUCCAAAGCUUGGCAGAGAAAACUUCUGGACGAUGUCUUCAUGUGUUGGAUUUGGGUGCGGGUGCCGGGCAGUUGUCACUUUUCGCUCUUCAAGCAUUGCCCAAUGCAAAAGUCUUAGCGUUGGAAGCCUGCAGUGAGUUCUGUGGCAUGGCCAAAGAGACCCUGAACGGUGCUGGCUAUGCUGACGCGGUGCAGGUGCAGCACGCCCUGAGUUGCUGCGUCGAGUUGUCCGAGAACGAUGCGGUGGAUGUGGUUCUGUGUGAACCUUACGACAUUUUUCUCACAGGUGAUUCCGCUUCUGGCAGUUUGGAUUACCUCAUCGACGCACGGCAGCGGUUGGCGGUGGCCAAUGUGGAGAUCAUCCCCUCCGGAGGAGCACAGUUCGUCCGGCUGCUGAUGUCUUCAGAGCUGGGAAUUCGAGGCUUUGCGAACUCGGAGAACUCCGUGUCCUUGCAGAACUUGGCACCGCUCGUGGACUCUAUCAGCCUGAUGUCAUCCAGGAAGAAAGGAUUCCGUUGGAACUCCUUGCCAGAUUUGGUGCUGAUGUCAAGCAGAGUCCAACUUUUCGAGUUGAACUUUCACGAGCUUCAACGGAAGCACAUUCCGCGGAAGCGAUCUGUGGACGUGACGUGCCUCCAUGAUGGCUACGUCGAUGCGGUGGUCACCUCUUGGGAGGUAUGGGCAGGGCCUGACCGGAAGCACCGCUUUGCCACACACGCUGAGGAGACCCGAGAGGAAGCAUGGGGUUUCAUCAAUGAUGUGGUCUUUGGUCAGGGAUUGCAGUUGUUGCUGGAGGAAGGUUCCCAGCCUCGGCCCUUUCAGGUCAAGGCCGGCGAGGUCUUGACACUUACUGCGCACAUCUCGGAAGAUCGGGAUAUGUGCUGCUCAAAGCAUGGCAGCGAAGCGGCCAAAAAGAACUGGGAAUACUAUGUGGAUAUGAUGUUGAUGCAAUUGCGCAAACAUGAGCUUGCUUUCAGGUUGCAGCAAACUGGACGUGUGGCGGCACUCUCGGAUCGUCAAGGCCAAGAACUCGUUCGGAGGAUGACGCUGGAAGGUCAAAAUGCCUUUGAGCGUUGGUGCAAAGUAUUUGAACCACAACUGUAUGGUGGUUUCUGCGGACCAGCCUCAGCGUUAGCAGCGCUUCGAUUCUUAGGGCUGGAGGAAUCCUGGACACAGAGCAGGAUCUAUGAGGAGGUCGUUUGUCCCAAGCAGCUCUUCACCAAAGGUCUCAGUUUUGCCAACGGUGUCAUCAUGCUGAAGACCCUGAGCGAAAGGUUUGAGGUUCUGGAGCGCAGCUCAUUCGAUGAGGUGCAGAUUGCAGAGCAGUUGCUGAAAGACUUGGCAGCUGCCUUCGAGCAAGGUGAGCCGAUCUGUAUCCUGGUGAACUACAUUCGUUUGGGCGGUGGCCAUUGGAGCCCUUUGGCAGGCUGGAGCAAUGGCCAUGUGCUGAUUUUGGACACAAAUCAGCAGAGACUACCUCCGCACUGGGUCUUGUUGGACACCUUAGUGGAGUCCCUGUGCCGCUACAACCGAACGACACAACGGCCUCGUGGGUCAGAGACUCAGAGACAUUCAGAGACUCAAAGGAUUGCAGUUACUAUACAGAUCUAUACAGUUAUCGUAUGUUAUUCUGCAGUUAUUCUGCAGUUAUUGUGGUUAAUACUGUGGUUAUUGCAUUGCAGUGUGUUUGAGAUGAAGUUUCAUAUCACCGCUCUUGUUGCUGCCAUAGCGCUAGGCCGGCUAUCGAAACCUCACGUGUUUGACUCCUUUGACUAG